GGGCUGCUAUUCACAAUGGAGAAAACGAUGAAAUGCUACCAUUAUAGUGGGGACCAAAGGGCCCUGUGGCAGCCUGAUACCUGAUCUCCUCUUUGGCUCUGGCCUCCUUUUGUCAGAGUAUUUCAUAUCUGACAUACCCACCCGAAAAAAGCACUGAAUGUUGGAGCAGCGAUGGACCUGAGACUUGGCGGCGUAGCACUCAGACAUGGGGAACAAACAGACCAUUUUUACAGCACAGCAACUAGAUGCCUAUCAGGACUGUACAUAUUUUACAAGAAAAGAAAUUCUCAGACUGUUCUACCGCUAUCGGGAUUUGGCACCACAGCUCGUUCCUCUUGACUACACCAACCACCCAGAUGUGAAGCUACCAUAUGAGCUGAUUGGCAGCAUGCCAGAGCUGAAGGAUAACCCAUUUCGUCAGAGAAUCGCUGAGGUUUUCUCUGAGGACGGAGAGGGAAACAUGACUCUGGACGACUUCUUGGACAUGUUUUCGGUCCUCAGUGAGAUGGCUCCACGUGACCUCAAGGCCUACUAUGCUUUCAAAAUUUACGAUUUCAACAACGACGACUUCAUCUGUAAGUCAGACCUGGAGAAGACUCUGAACAAACUGACCCGUAAUGAGCUGACAGAGGACGAGGUGAGGAUGGUGUGUGAGAAGGUGAUAGAUGAGGCUGACCUGGACAAUGAUGGACGUCUGUCACUCGAGGACUUCCAGCAUAUGAUUGUUAGAGCACCAGACUUUCUCAGCACCUUCCACAUAAGGAUAUGAAGUAAUAAAGCAAUCAGAGACAUUUUUUACCCAGAAUAGCACCAGUGGGGGGACUGACAACACUGCAGAAUAUCUGGAAACUAAGGAAAUCUCCACAUCGCUAGCAAAAAACGCUUGCGAAUAUGUGAGAACUGUGAAAAUUUUAUUUAUUUAUUUAUUUUUUGGUUAUGCUGUAACCAAAAACAGUGCUAUUCACAAAAUUAGUUCUUAACAGGAGCCUAUUUCAAACAGCUUGGAUUUGCUGUUAUAUUAAGCCCACAUCCAAAAAAAAAUUGCAGCUACAGAUAUAAUACCAGUCAUGGUGAAACUGCAGGCCUAUCAUCAGGUGGUGGCAUCAGCCAAUCCAUCAAGAUAAGGCUCAUUAGUUAUGACCAUCAACAGUAGAUUUGUGUUUUGUAUCUAAAGGGUUUCAAGUUGCACUGGACUAUAAAAGAGACACAUGCCAGAAUAUUCUAGUGGGUCACAGCAGGCCAAUAAAGGAGAGCUAUUUGUCAUGAAAGCAGUCAAGCACCACUGUUGAAGCACAGGGU